AUGGAGUCCAGAAGCACCACAGAAGAGAAGCCUGUCCAGAGAUCUAAGUCUUUCAGCUUCAAGACUGCGAAGGAAGUGUGUGCGUCAUGUGAGAAGACGGUCUACCCCAUGGAGAGACUGGUGGCCAACAACCAGAUCUUCCAUUCCAAAUGUUUCUGCUGUCAGCACUGCAACACCAAACUGAGCCUCGGGAACUACACUGCUCUCCAGGGUGAAUUCUACUGCAAGGCCCAUUACCAGCAGCUGUUCAAAAACAAAGGAAACUACGACGAGGGCUUCGGACGCAAACAGUAUAAAGAGCGCUGGGCCAACAAGGAUUCAGACAGCAUCACAAAGUCUCCAUAA